AGUUGUUCCCAUGGCAACGAUGCUGUAAACAAAUCGGUGUGUGUAUGAAAGUGUCCACAGAGCGACCUGUAAAUAAAUCAGCGUUUAGUUUGUUUUUCCUGUAAAAGUCACAAUGUCGAGACAAAUCCAUCCUCCUGAGAGCAUUUAUAACCUCAUUCAUAGAGAAGAGAUGAAACCUGAAAAACCUCCGAGAUACACGUCAAAGUUCAGUGAGCAGGUAAAGCAGGAGACACGGCAGAACAAAUUGCCCAGAAAGAUCAUGGGUCCAGCUAAAGUGGAAAUGCCUUCUCCAGAGAAAUACCUGCAGAAACACUCCAAAGAGCCCAAACUUCCUGAGAAGAAGCCGUUCUCAUACAGAGAUGAUGUCCAGCCCAGGAAGCCGCCGAUCCCCGCUAAAACCGAGCGUCCGGUGAUGAACGUCCACACCAAGAGAGACAUUGUGAGAAGUAAUGCAGUGGAGAACAUAAUGGCGGUUCCUCGCAAACCGCGUCCUGCUCAAGCAUACACCAGACACGGGGACAAGGUGCUGCUGGAGAACUCGGGCCUCGUCCCAAAGUUCACCAGGAAAGAGGAUUACGGACAGAUCCCGCAGUACCUAACGCAGAGGCAGGAGGAAGAGAGGCGAGCGCAGGAGGAAUACGAUUGCUACGUGAAAGAGAGAAUGAAGGACGGAGCCAUGAAGCAGCUCUCUGAGGAGGAAAGACAGGAUAUACUGAACGGGCUGAAGAAGAACUGGGAUGAGCUCCAUCAUCAGUACCAAGGUCUGUCUGUGAUCACAGACACAAUGCCUAAGAAACAGAGGAAGGAGAGACUGGAGUCAGAAAUGAAGCAGCUGGAGAAAGACAUCCAGCUGAUGGAGAAAUACAAAACUAUCUACAUCAAUAAAACCUGACCCUGACACCUGAUGGAGCAGAUUCAUCACACCUGUAGAAGUGGCUUCACCUGGUCACACGCUGUUUCUAAAAGCUGCUCUUAUAAAGAGAAAUAAAGAUUGAACUGAU